AGACAGACAACAUAUGUGCUGUGACAAGCUAAGCUACUCUGUCUGUUAAACAGUAAUACUCACAGCUAGCAAUUACACAGUAUUACUGCAGACGUUUCGUUAAAGAAAACAGAAUUACAAGAAGCAGUGUACUUGUGGAGACAAAACUUUACACAGGAUUCGGUUGUGAAGGAUUUGAAUUCUGACUACAUUGCGGUUGGUACAGUAUUUCGUACUUUUUUCGCUGAGGAAUGUGUGUUUUCUUUAUGAUGUGAAUUCCUAACUGAACCUGGAAACUGUUCUGAAUAUUGCAUUUUUAAAUGCUUCAUGUAUCUGAUUGUAUUGAGAGAUAACUGUAUGAACAAAAUUUAUAUAUUGGGUUGAGAGCUUUAAUCUAUAUCGACUACAUCACUAUCUAAUACAUGGUAUACAUCCUUGGUUUAUCAAUUGACUGUGUGCCUCUAUUUGGAUCACAGCUAUCUGAAAAUUAACUCUAAAAUUGUGAUAAAACAUGGGAUGUACAUUAGGAGCACAGAAAGUGGCCAAGGCAGAGGCCAAAAAGGAAGGAAAACCCAUUAAAAACAAAAAGGACAAAAAUGGCUCUAAACAAGACCUGGAGACAAAUAAAGUUACAGAAACUUCAAAUGAAAAUGGACAGGAGGUAAAUAGUGAGGGACAGGAAGGGAAGGAAUCUGAUACCACAGUUACUGAUGGACAAACACCCUCAAUUCAGGUAAAAAAUCCCGAAGAGGAUGUUGCUAAAGUUGAGGACAAUACUCAAGAGAGUACAGCUAAGGAGGAUGUAAGUCAGGCUGAGGUGAAAAAUUCAGAAGCUUCAGAAAAUACAAAUACUUCAAAUAUUGUAGAAACUGAGAGCCAGAAAGAAAAUGUAGGGGAAGCAGGGUCAGAGAGUACAACAACAGCUCCUGUAGCUGAAAGUUCACAAGAUCAAAAAGUUGAUAAUAAUGACACCAUUCCAAUUGUGCCAGCAGUGAGUGAAAAAACAGACGACAGUACACCAAAGGAAUCUUCUGAAAAGGAACCUUUGGCAGAGCAGCAAGUGGAGAUGUUAGAGCAACAAGAUAAACAACAAGAGCCAGAUAUCACUACAGAGGAUCAACCUGAAGCAGUUGUCACGACUGACAAACAACAAACAUCAGAUGUAGCUCCACAAGAACAGCAGGAGCAGACACCAGUUGUUGCUGUAAAGGAACAAGAAGAACCAGUGGGCAAUGCAGAGGAACUACAAGAAACAGUUGUUACUGCAGAGGAACAGCAAGAAACAGUUGUUGCUGCAGAAGAACAAAAAGAAACAGUUGUUACUGCAGAGGAACAACAAGAAGCAGUUGUUGCUGCAGAGGAACAGCAAGAACCAGUUGUUGCUGCAGAGGAACAAAAGGAGGCAGUUGUUACUGCAGAGGAACAACAAGAAGCAGUUGUUGCUGCAGAGGAACAAAAGGAGGCAGUUGUUACUGCAGAUGAAACCCAAGAAGCAGUUGUUACUGCAGAGGAACAGCAAGAACCAGUUGUUGCUGCAGAGGAACAAAAGGAGGUAGUUGUUACUGCAGAUGAACAACAAGAAGCAGCUGUUGCUGCAGAGGAACAGCAAGAACCUGUAGUUGCUGAAGAGGAACAAAAGGAGGCAGUCGUUGCUGCAGAGGAACAAAAGGAGGCAGUCGUUGCUGCAGAGGAACAAAAGGAGGCAGUUGUUGCUGCAGAGGAACAAAAGAAGGCAGUCGUUGCUGCAGAGGAACAGCAAGAACCAGUUGAUGCUGCGGAGGGACAACAAGAAGAGGUUGUCCCUGUAGAGGACCAAAAGCCAGUUGUAGCUGAAGAGGAGAAACAAGAAUCAGUUGAGUCUUCAGAAGAGCAACAAGAACCAGUUUCUGCAGAUGAACAACAAACACCAGUUGCAGCUCCACAGGAAGAAGAAAACCCAUGUGCUGAACAGCAAGAAGUUGUAUCACAGGAUCAGAAAAUAGAUGCUGAAGUGGAAAGAACAGAAGAGACAACACAUGAAAGCAAUGCUGAACCUGUUGCUGAGGAAUCCGCACAACUUAUAGAAACAACAGUAGAGGAAGUCAAGGUAGAAGCUGCUGAAGACACUCCAGAAACUGACAAUCAGCAACCUUCUGUAGAACCUGUUACUACAGAUGUUGAGGACACUGAGAAAGAGAUUGCUGAGACUGUACACUCAACAGAAGUUGUGGAAACUGAACAGAUUCCACAAGAGGAGCCAGAAACUAAGACAAAAGAAACUGAAGAAAUUGGCUCAUCUGUUGAUGCCCCACCAGUUGCUACUGAUACAGUUAACAGUGAAGAUGUUGUAACCAAUCCGGAAGGGGUACAAACAGAGGAUAUUCAAUCUGAAAUAUCACAAAGUGAGACUGAUGCUGGAUCAUCUGUUGAUGCCAAAGAUGAAACAUGUGAAUCAUCAGUUGAUGCUUUGCCUUCACCUCCAGCACCUGAAACUGAAGAAAAUAUAUGUGAGGAAGUGAAUGAAAAGCCACAAGAGGAUAUUAAACAAGCCCCAACAACUGAAACAGCAAAUGAGGAAACUAAAGAAGUAGAAAACACAGAAGCAGAAACUGACAAUCCAGAGACUGAAGAAAAAGAGGAGGAGGAGGAUGCAGAAACAAAACAAGAGGUUGUUGAAACUUCUGUAGAUGCUGCUCAUCAGAAAGAGGAUUUACAGACGGAGCAAAAUGAAAAAAAAGAAACAACCGAAGAGGUCAGUGAAUCUUCAGUAGAUUCUUUGCCACCUCCUCCUCCUUCACCUCCACAAGAGAUGGAAUCAGCUUCCGAGACAAAUGACAAGGACAAAGAACCAGAGACUGCUAAAGAGGCAGUUGUUGAUUCUCUUCCUCCUCCACCUCCAUCUCCUCCACAGGAGACAGAGGAAGGAACAGAGGAAGCUACUGAUGCUCUUCCUCCCCCACCACCUUCACCAGAAGAUAAAAAACCUGAAGAACAAACUGGGGAAGUUGUAGAUUCUGUUUCUCCACAUGAGAGUGAAUCAGCAGGUCCAUCAGAGUUAUCAGACACUCUUCCAACCCCACCUCCUCCAUCACAAGAAGUGUCACCUGAGGUAGUGGAAGAGGAUGCAGGGUCUUCAGUUGAUCCUAAAGGUUCCUUACCAGAUGAACCACAGGAAGCUCAGACAUCUCCAGAGGUAGAUAUUCCUUUGGAAUCCACAGUCCCUCAGUCACAAGAGGCUGAAGGUUUAGAUGUCUCUAAAGACAUGUGUGAUAAUAAUGAUAUAAAAACUCAAGUUAUUCCUAAUGGAGAGAAAGUCCCAAAGGAGGAUUUCCCAGAAUGCAACUCCAUAGAAAGUGAUGGAGAAGUUGAAAAUAAUUUGGAUGAGGAAGUUGAACUUGAUGGAGAGAUAGGGGAAGUUAAAACGGAAUCUCCUAGCAAGGAGGAACAGACUGCCGGUGAUGUUGAUAAACCAAUUGAAGGAAGUGUUAAGAGUGUGGUGGGAAAAACUCUAGCUAAUGGUGACCAUUCUCAGAAUGAAGAUUCUCAUUGUACGCCAACCCAAGUUACAGAGUAAGUGGAAUCUAUUUUCGGCAAAGUUGCUGAUAUUCAGCAAGGAAAGUGAUAAUUUUGUAGUAAUAAUUUACAAUGACUUGCUAAAAGUAAAUUUCUGUGUGUACAAAAAAAGUGAUUUUAAUGUUGAUAUUCAGUGGAAAAUGAAUAUCCUAUUCUUUGGAUUAAAUGUCUGCGAUAGAUGACAAGUCUUUAGUGAUAGGUUUUAUAAACAAAUUCAACAGAAUUGUUUCGAAAUUGAAUCUCACCUUAAAGGUGACAAGAAAUUGAUCUGUAUUUGAAGACAGAUAUUUGUGUGUGGAGGAUUACCUGUGUUAAUUGGAUUGGUCAGGAUUGUAACUGAAUUACUGACUUUUUACUUUGCCAAGAAUCUUGUGAAAGUGAUGGAUUUGGCGCAUUGAUAAAUUUAUGAGAAACAAUUUUCCAAAAGUCUGAGAGAGUUGUCAUGAAACAACAGCUGAAUCUACAGUGUAUUUAUCCUACUAUACUGAAAAUCUUUUUUGGUCUGUAAGAGUUCAGAUUUCAGAUUCUUAACAAUUCUCAUAUUAGAACAUCUCUAUUUUGUGUUUACUUUUUAAAUAUUUCAAAAUUUCGUGUCUUGCAUAAAGAAUACUCAUAUACUUGGUGCAUAAUGUAAAACCUAUAUUUUCAACUGUGGAAACAUUUUUUAUUUUUCCCUUGUUUAAGAAGUAUUCAUUACGCAGAGCAAAUUAUAGUACAGCCAUCAAUUUAUAUCCUAGAAGGGUUAGUUUAUCAAUGAUAGAAUGAUGAAGAUCAUAUAAUGGCUUCCAGCUAGAUUUCUUCUUUGAAAUUAACACUUUUGAGCGAAAAAAUAGUGUUCUUACACAACAAACAACAGUUUUUAACAGCAAAUUUGUUCCUUGCUGUUUCUUAUUUUAACAUUGAUAAAGAAAACAAAUUGCCAGAUUUAUAAAUGUAUGAGUUUGUGGACAGACCGUAAUAAUUUGGUGAUUCUAGGAAUAUAUUGAUCCACAAGUUUUAUGGUUAUAGGGGAUUUGGAUAGUUUGAGAAAACAAUGUAAAAAUUCCCAAUUCUGUUGGCUUUAUAGAUCUUUAGGAGUUCAUGUUUCAGUGUUGUAUUAUUGGGUAGUAGAAGUCAUUAUGUGUUAUAUUUACAAGUAUUCUGUUUCAUCACAUAUGGCAGUACUGUGUUUAUAAAACACCACUGUUGCAGUGUGGAUAUUUUUGUUUCGACGUUUUUUGACAUUUACGUGUCAUUUGUCAAAUAUGUUGAUAUAUCUGUAUACUUUAGUAUAUGUGUAAAAUAACAUGAGUUUCAUUGACAUGUAUUGAAAACAGUUUUUUUAUUUUUGUUUUUAAUGGUGCUCUUCAUCAGGACAAGGUUAUCAUACAGACAUGCUACUGUGUUAUAUGUUACAUAGUGUUUAGAAUUGUUACUAGGAACAGCUCAAACACAAAAUGGUAUCAUCUAUCCUAAUAAGUUAAAUAACUUUGAUUUGUAAUGAUUUCACAAUUAAUGAUUCUGGAAACAAAGUCAAUUAUAAAUUUGGAUAGUCUUGAUCUGAAUUUAAAUAGUUCUCAGUAGCCACAAAGAUUUUCAUAUACUUCUGUCUGAGGACAAAGGAAAGAACGUCAAAAUUAAAAAAAAAAACAAAAUCAAAACCCAACAAAAUGUCACAAGAAAUGUGUAUAAGCAGAUAUGUUUUGAAAAUUCAAUUUGGAAUGUCUUUAAGCAAAGAUAUAUAUUGGUAUAUAUCAAUGAUAAGAAUUUUUUCCGGUGAUUUUACCAUGGUGCUUUUACAUAUCAGAUAUAUAUGUAGCUUGGUGUUUUUCCACUCCCUAACUUUUAUCCUUACGUAGAUUUUGGAAGUUUUGGUUGUAGACAACAAAAGCAACAAAAUCAUUGGAUUUACAACUUGGUGUGUCUAUUUAUCAAAAAAGCAAAAAUUGGUGAAAGAUCUCUACUUCACAAAGUCAUAGUAUAAAAUAUGGUUUAUGUGUUUUUGAAUGACAUAAUUGAAUUUGAGAAAAAACUGAUUAAAUUCGUGUUGGGUUAAUUAGAGGUUUUUGAUGCCAGGAAUUUUAAAUUCAUUAAAGUAUAUGAAAAAAGCUAUGCAUCGCACACCCUUCAAAGCACUCUUAAUAGAAUUGGUAGGAUUAAAAUUGUAAAGAGUAACCUCCCUUAGAUUAGUCUCAAGUAUUCUUCCUAUCUAUUGACACUUUUUACAUCUGUCUGGCGUCGCGUAACUGUUUAUCGACUCCAGACUAACAUAAAAAAGUUGAUAGAAUGUCAGAAAUAAUGUAAACUAACACCUAGACAUAUUAUAUAGAUUUCAGAGAUUUGAAAUUAUUUAAAACACUGCACUUAUUACAGAAGUUUCAAUACUUGAUCACUCUAGUCCGAGUUUCUGUGUAAUUCUCAAUUUAUGAACCACAUGUAUGUUUGAUAUAUUUUAAUGAUGAUUUUUAAAAAAAUUUUGUUUUUGUUUUAUGAACCCCAAUUCUUUUCUUCUCUAAUUAAUAUGACUUUUUUGUGUGAUGAAACGAUUAUAGUAGUAAUAUAAAAAUGAAAUGUUGUUUUAAGGUGUGAAAACUGAAGUAGUGCUCAUGUACAUAUAAGCUUACUACUGUGUAGAAUUAUCUUACGAAAGAAAGUCUUUCAGGAAAGCUGUGUGAUGUGGAUUUUGAUCUUGUGUAAGGAGUUAGAAUGGUAAAUUGUAAUGAUGGUGUUUAGGAUCAACUUUAAAGCCAGAUAUUUUUUAAGUAAAAUUAUCGAUUGUCAAUUAAAAUUGCUAGGAGAAGCUUUGUCAGUGAGUGACAACAGGAAACUUACAUGAUGUGCUGUUUUUUUUUCCAUAUAAAAUGAGAUUGACAACCACUCUAGCAUAUGAUGUAAAGCUCGAGACUGCCCCAGAAAGCUGUGGUGUUUGUUGAUGAUGGUAAACGUUUAACUCGUUAAACAUUCAUCCUUUCACUUGAUGAAAACAUCCUUCGCUGGUGUUUGUAAAUUAAGAAAAUCUUUAUGUGAGCUUUUCCAUCUCUGCUUUGUUUCAGUAAACAAAGAAUUGUAAGAAAAAAUAAAAGUUUGGAGGCUUAGGUUCAUUGAAGUAAACAUCAGGAAAUGUAGAUAAGUGUUUUGUCGUGAAAUUGUGAA